UCUCUCCUUGGAAAUCCCAUGGCGAAGGGAGUGAAGAAGCGAAAGCUAGGGAGCGGCACGGGAUCACCGCAGCCGUUUCGGGACCAACCGGAUGCUCUUGGUGUAGAAGAGCGCCGUGUCCUGCGCUCUCGUUACAUUGCCAUACAAAAAUUCAUCAAUGAAGAAGGAGAAGAUAUCAUGAAAGGGAGUUUGGAGAAGUUCUGGCCUAUCAUGACUCAUGUGGACAGUCUUCAUAAAAUGGUUAACAAACCCAGAGAACAAGUUGCCGAUGCGGUUGCACUACUUGAUAUUGCUAACACUUUGGUUACCUCAGUGAGAUCUCAGACCAAUGGAGAACUCACCCCAUCUGAUUUUUUGACUUCAUUGAUAAAGAACUCUGGGAAAAUAUAUGGAGGAUCACUUCUUGAAAACGUUCCAAAUACAAAGAUUUGGGUAGAUGUUGGCCUUAUUGUUGCUCCUAUCCUCAGGAUAUCCCCUGCAUUUCACACCAUGGUUGGCCCUAUGAAUACUGAUGUAAAACAGCGCAAGACUAGUGCUCGUGGGCAACGAACAAGGCCUGCUGGACGAGCUUAUGCUAAAGAGCUUACAGACACUGAAGGAGAAAAGAAAGUUGAUACUGAUAUGAACAUGAUAACCAUGUUUGAUAUCUUGAGAAAGAACAAAAGUAUUCGGCUUGAGAAUCUGGUUUUGAAUCGUACUUCUUUUGCACAGACAGUAGAGAACCUAUUCACGUUGUCAUUUUUGGUAAAAGAUGGAAGAGUUUCCAUUACUGUUAACAUGAAUGAACAUCACAUAGUCUCUCCGAAGAAUGCUCCUGCUGCAACAUCAAUAACCUCCGGGGAUGCCUCUUACAACCAGUUCAUAUUUCGCUUGGAUUUUAAUGACUGGAAGUUGAUGAUUAACAUUGUUAAGGAUGGCGAGGAUGUGAUGCCUCACAGAAAUUUCCAAACAGGAUAACCUAGCGCAGCAGUGUCUUGCAUUGUUAGACAACAGUUUGACAUACUGAAGGAGGAGGCUUCUUAUUAGUUAAUGAAGAACUGGUCUCAUGCUUUUGUGUGUGUGUGUGUGUGUGUAUGUAUGUAUGUUUUGUAAGUAUGCAAAAUGCAGGGAAGUGUUUGUUUUGGGGUAUGUUUCUGGCAUCACUGUUGCAAGUUAAUGUGGUUUUUGUUAUUUUCCAUAUUUUAGCAGUGAAUGAGAUGUGAGCCCUUCUGCUAAAUGUUAAUUCAAAUCUCCUGUAAACAGGAACAGUAUAUUAUUCAAUAUCAUAUAUGGAAGUA